AUAUGUCCGGGUCGAACUCGACGGUAUCCAUCCGCGUCGCCAGUUCACUUCGCCGGCACUCAAAAAGACCAAAGAUGUCUUCUUUGUCAACUCUCCUCCUCCUCAACUAUAAACCCCCUCCGAUUCCUCCCUCUCGCUUCUUCCUCCUCCCCUCGCCGACUCUCCAGAAACCGCCGCCGCCGCCGCUCCUCCUCCUCCUCCCGAAUCAUCUCCGCCGCAAGCCUCGGCUCUCCCGACCGGUGGCGGCGCUGCCGGACGCGAUGUCGGCGCAGGGAGCUCUCUCGGAGGCCCUGGCCCUGAUCCAGUCGGCCCCUCCCACGUGGAAGUCCGCCGUCUUCAGCAACCUCCUGAUCUUCGUCGCCGGCUCUCCCAUUCUCGUCGCCGGCCUCUCCGCGUACGGCAUCGGGGCGGCUUUCCUCCUGGGGACUCUCACCUGGCGUGCCUUCGGUCCCUCCGGGUUUCUCCUCGUCGCCGCCUACUUCGUCAUCGGAACAGCAGCGACCAAGGUGAAAAUGGCACAGAAGGAAGCUCAGGGGGUUGCCGAGAAGAGGAAAGGAAGAAGAGGGCCCGGAAGUGUCAUUGGUUCCAGUGCGGCAGGUUGUGUCUGUGCUUUCCUCUCUAUAUUUGGCAUAGGAGGCAAGGCGUUCUCGCAUCUCUGGUUACUUGGGUUUAUCGCUAGUUUCUGUACUAAGUUGAGCGAUACAGUUUCGAGUGAGAUCGGCAAGGCUUAUGGAAAAACGACUUAUUUAGUGACCACCUUUAAGAUUGUUCCUCGUGGAACGGAAGGCGCUGUAAGUCUCGAGGGAACAAUUGCUGGGAUUGUGGUAUCAGUUCUUCUGGCCUUAGCCAGUUUUCUCCUGGGGCAGAUAAAAGCACCUGAAGCCGUCAUAUGUGUCGUAGCUUCACAGAUUGCUAAUCUUGGCGAGAGUAUAAUAGGGGCUGCCUUCCAAGAGAAGGAAGGAUUCCGUUGGCUCAACAACGAUGCUGUCAAUAUCAUUAAUAUCUCCAUGGGCAGCAUAUUGGCCGUUCUGAUGCAGCAAGUUAUUGUUCCAAAUUUGUGACGGCAUAAUUGUCAACAGUACGAGCUCUCAAACAUCGAUAAAAUCAGGCCAAUUUACACAUGCGGAAGGGCAAACGAAGAGAGAGAUAGAGAGAUCCUUAUGCUCAAAGCGGAGAUACCAGAUUUGGACGACGGUUACACUACUGUGGAUGGGGGACAUUUAGAUCCCUUCAAAUUCAGCAGCAGCAUUCAAUUACAUUCGUCUUGCCGAGUGCUUAAGGCCAGACUGAGGACGGCAUCUGGGGGAAGGACGGUCUCAAUGUUAGGUCGAUGUAAUUACGGCAUUCUUGUUUGCCAAUGCGAUUUAUGCUGUGCAAGCAUUGUACAGUUCUGCUACAUGACGUUUCGGUAUCCAUAUCGAUGAGAAAGGGGAUGCAUAUCUUGAAGCCA